CCCAACUUAAAGGAUUGCUCAGAUCCUUUAUCUCCCUGGCUUGCAAUACCUCAUGUUUAAGUGUGAAGGGCACAGGACCGAGGCUGCAUGAACCACAACUAACUCGUCAUUUAUGGGUUCCAUAAUCAAGUCAAUAUUUGGGGGCCCAGUUAAGAGCAUGUCAUGCUGCACCUCUGGAGGUUUUGCCCAAGAGCAGAAACCGAUCAAAGAGGAGAAGCCAGGAUGGAACAUUUUGAGAAGAUGGAGCUCUGAAGAACAACACCGUAAAGACAUCCAGGAAGAAAUGAAGAGAAGAGACUCACUUUUUGCUCAAAGGAAGGCUGAGAGAGCAGUAAUGAGGGAACAUUUCCGUGAAAAAUACCACUUGACUCAGAACUCUCGGGAUGAGCAGCAGGUGAAGGGAGCUGGGGGAAAUCGGAAGAUGUCAAAGGAUCUUCGUAUCAUGGUGAAGCAGGAUGAGCCAAGCUCAGAUGACUUCUCCAUCUUGGGAAUGCUGGGAUACCAUAGCCUGGAUCUGGAUUACUUGAAGAAAAGCGCUCAUAGCACUAUGGACUCAAUACAGCCAGCAGCACGUUGCUUGCUCAUGUGAUGUCCUCUGUGUCCCAGGGAUAGUGACUUAAUUAAGUACCACAUACAUGAACAGAAGGAUUACAGUAGUCUGUAAAAAUUAAUCAUAAUUAAUAAUCCACAAACAUUUUCUCAAACCUAGAAGUAAAAGCGCUACAUUACCAAAACUUGUCCCAAUGACUAAAAUACAGGCCAUUCUCUGAUUAUCUACUCAACUGGACUAAGAACCAUCUUCUAAUCAAUUCAUGGAUGCCCUAACUCCAUUGAUAGAAGUCAUCUAUAGGUAUCGCGACUCAUGGAUUUGUGUUUUUCCAGUACUAGAGCAAGGCAAUAACAAAACUGGAAUGAUGUUUUUUACAACAAUUUCAGAAAGGUACACAAAAGUAAUAUGCCAAUAGCAAAGUGACCCUAUUUAAAAAGCAGAUGCAUUGAAUGGAUACAAAAAAUAAAAAAUAAAAAUUUGCUUUAUAAUCA